UUAACAGCUUCAGGGUUUAGAGACACAGAACCCGCAUCUCCUUCGGGCUUUUCAUUCCUACUCGGAGAAAUGGAAGGGGUAUCAUACCAGCGCUUCCCGAGGGUGAAAAUCCGAGAGCUCAAAGAUGACUAUGCUAAAUUCGAGCUCCGUGACACCGAUGCCUCCAUAGCCAAUGCUCUUCGCCGCGUUAUGAUCGCUGAGGUCCCAACCGUAGCCAUAGACCUCGUUGAAAUCGAGGUCAACUCCUCCGUCCUCAACGACGAGUUCAUUGCCCACCGCCUUGGCCUCAUUCCUCUCACCAGCGAACGUGCCAUGAGCAUGCGCUUUUCCCGCGACUGUGACGCCUGUGAUGGUGAUGGCCAGUGCGAGUAUUGCUCAGUCGAGUUUCAUCUGCGUGCCAAAUGUAUCACUGACCAAACCCUAGACGUCUCCAGCAAGGACCUGUACAGCUCUGAUCACUCUGUGGUUCCUGUGGAUUUCUCCGAUUCUGCGGGCUAUGAUUCCUCUGAGCAGAAGGGAAUCAUCAUUGUGAAGCUUCGCCGUGGCCAGGAACUAAGACUAAGGGCCAUUGCCAGAAAAGGGAUCGGUAAGGAUCACGCAAAAUGGUCGCCAGCGGCAACUGUCACUUUCAUGUAUGAACCAGAGAUUCAUAUCAAUGAGGAUUUGAUGGAAACUUUGACACUAGAGGAAAAAAUUAGUUGGGUUGAAAGUAGUCCUACCAAAGUGUUUGACUUUGAUCCUAAUACCCAACAGGUUAUAGUGGUUGAUCCUGAAGCAUACACAUAUGAUGAUGAAGUGAUCAAGAAAGCUGAAGCUAUGGGGAAGCCAGGGCUUGUGGAUAUCCGUGCAAAGGAAGACAGUUUUAUAUUCACAGUUGAAUCAACUGGUGCAAUUAAAGCUUCUCAGUUGGUCCUUAAUGCCAUAGAAGUCCUCAAAACAAAGCUGGAUGCUGUUCGCCUCUCAGAGGAUACAGUGGAAGCUGAUGAUCAGUUUGGUGAGCUAGGUGCUCAUAUGCGUGGAGGAUAAGCCAGUUUGCAUAUGGAGUCAUCACUUGAUUACUUUGUGUUGGCCCCUAUAAAGUUGAUAAGCUUUCAUACACAUUGUCAAGCUUAAAUAUCCUGAGCUAACUGCGCCUCUUUCCUGCUUGAUACAUAUGUGCAUAUCUGUGAACUUUAACAUCUAAAUAGUGUGGGGGGGUCACCUCUUAUUUAGUUUUUGAGAGCACUAUGAUUAUGAAACAUAAUCUUGUGUUCUAACUAGGGAUUUCUGCCCACCUUCCCAAAAUUACUAGUCCAGAUUGCUUCUAUAUUACAUUGGAAUUAUGUAUGCUGUGCAAAUUUUUAGA